GAGUGUAUCUCUCUCUCUCUCUCUCUCUCUCUCUCUCUCUCUCUCUCUCUCUCUCCUGGUACGUACAUAAGACGGCAAUGGAACCCAACGAAGAGCAUAAUCAAGAUCAACUAAUCCUUUCCAUCCAAACCCAACUCCGUGAUCUCCACAACAAACAACCACCGGAAGAGACACAAAAACCGACGGCCGAGCUGCUUCCGAGCCUUGACGAGGUCGAAGAAAUCAUCGGCUACAACUUCAGAGACCGAAGCCUACUAGCCCAAGCCUUCACCCACGGCUCGUGCCGGUGCUCGACGUCGUCUUACGAGCGGCUCGAGUACGUGGGCGACUCGGUGCUGAACCUCUUGAUUUCGAGAGAGGACUAUUUCGCUUACCCUGACUUGCAGCCGGGGAAACUGACUCGGCUCCGCGCCGCCAAUGUUGACACGGAGAAGCUCGCACGUGUGGCCGUCAAGCACAAUUUGCACAAGUAUUUGCGGCAUGAGAAACCCCUACUAGAUGGUCAAAUUAGAGAAUUUAUGGAUGCAAUUGCAGACUAUCCUCUGCACUCCAGUGGGUUGGUAAAUGCACCAAAAGUGCUAGCAGACAUAGUUGAAUCCACCAUUGGAGCCAUUUUCAUCGACAGCAGCUCCUCAAUUGACACUACCUGGAAGGUAGUCAAAAGCUUGUUGGAGCCGAUAAUCACACCGACGACAAUUCAAAUGCAUCCGGUAACAAAGGUCACCGAACUAUGCCAGAAGCACGGACUCAAAUUACAAUUCGUAGAUUUAUGGAAGGAAACCGGGGAAAUUGAAGUGUUUGUAGAUGAUGAGUUUGUUGAAAGAGCUACCUACACUUCCAAGAGGCUUAUCGCACAAAACAGAGCCGCAAACAACGCGUACAAUGAAAUUAUAAGAAAGUUGAGCGCAGAAGAAAAAAACUGCGACAAUGGCUGAUACUAACGAAAGUUAUGUAGUCUAGUUAUAUGGAUUAUGGAAUUUUUUGUAUAUGAUGAUGCCUGCACUUCAAUUGAUGUUAUUGGAAUAUUCAACAGAUUCUUAGUCUUAUUUGACAUCUCUCGAUUUUGUUCUCGUUGAUCUGUAGUACAUUGAUUCGAAUGUAUCAGCCUUGUAAUCCUCGUAAUCUUGUCGUGCCCGGGGUCCUUUUAAUCUUUGUAAUCCUCUUCUCAAUAAGAUCCUUUCUUUGUUGAUAAUAACAAGAACAAAAUGUAACAACCCUAUUAUAUUUUGAUAAUGAAAUUAAUCAUGAUGUUCUGG